UGAAGUGGUCCUGCUGCGUGCAGGAAGUGGGUAGCUGGGUGGACAUCACUGCCUUGAAGAUGCAGAGGAGGGGAGCACAUGAGGGUCAGGGGAAGGGAGGAGGGAAUUCACUGUGUUGUGGGAAGCCGUUCUGGGCUGCUCAGAGGCUUGGGAAAUGCUGGUCACAGAAGUGGGACUGGUAGGUAGAUGGGGCGACUGAAGGGUUAAUGAGGUUAAUGCUUGGGAGCAGGUGAAUUACACAGUUGAGGCUAGAAAAUGUUUAUCUUCCUUUUUCUUAGAAAUAAUAUAAUUUUGAAACAUUUUUGAGUGCUUACCAUGUGCUUUUGUAAUGAUCAUAAGGAUUCAUUAGAGUAGGUUUUAUGAUUAUCAGUUUCAUUUUGCAGAUGAGAAAAUGAGUGUGUUGAAGUAAAGUUACAUAACUACUAAGUGACCUUUGCUCUUUUGCCCCAUUUAUAGCCUCUUCACCACUCUUUUCUGUGUUUCCAACCACCAACAAUUCAAAUCAGUGUUGUUUUUUGGUGUUCUUCCCUAGAAUUUAAUUCAGCCCACAUCCAAUUGAUGAUUUACUUGGGUGAGCAGGCUUCUCAGUUCCACACUGGUGCUGUCAUAGCCCCUCUUCACUGUGUCCUCAACCUUGGGUGCCUUCUCUUCCCAGACCUAACUGGAGAGGAUGGAAUCUCUUCCAAACGACCUGCCCCUCCACAGGGCCCUUCCCCAGUCCCCUGCAGUGAUCUGAGCUGAAGCCUCCCUAUAAAGAGACAGCUGGAGCAAUUAGGUAACACAGUGGGGAGUGAUAGGGUCUCUAUCUCAGUCAUUGCCCUUUAUCUUGUGGCUCUUCUGACAGUGCUAGAUGUUCUCUUGAGUUGAACCAGGCAGCUCCUUUUGGAUCCUGCCCUCCUCUGGGUCACACUGAGCUCUUCUGCUAAAGUCUUCUGGCUCAGAGCUCAGAGGGAUCUAACUGCAGGCCUUUCUAUCACCUACCUGCUUCAGGCGGGUCAUUUGCAUUUUGAUGACCUAGAGAUUAAGGUGUGGAUGAGCUGCUUGUUUUUCUGGCCAGAGAAGACAGACCCCAGGAAUGCUACCCAGCAGGAAUUGAAGAGAAUCCUGAGAGGCCUGAAGGAAGCCAGACCAGCUCCCCUUGGGGUUCCCUGUGGCCCCAGGUGAUCUCCAGCAAGACCUCUAGGUGAGAAAUUUGCGGCUCAGAGACAGAAGACAGGAUCUGGUCACCUGAUUCCCAGUGCACUGCUGUUUCGGUUAUUCCACUGAGCACUCAUCCGAAGGAAGACGUUUUUCCUCAAUUACAGCAGCAUUGCAGUUGGCUAAACUGUGUGUCCGUCCACUGACCGUUCCAAGAGCAGCUGCCAGAGAUUCCAACAAUGUCUCACCCAUCUUGGCUGCCACCCAAAAGCACGAGUGAGCCCCUUGGGCACGUGCCCGCGCGGAUGGAGACAACCCAUUCCUUUGGGACUCCCAGUAUUUCAGUGUCUACUCAACAGCCACCCAAGAAGUUUGCACCAGUGGUUGCUCCAAAACCCAAAUACAACCCAUACAAGCAACCUGGAGGAGAGGGCGAUGUUCUUCCACCCCCACCUCCACCUCUGGAUGACCCCGGUGCCCUUCCACCGGGCUCUGGAAACUUCCCUCCUCCACCACCUCUUGAUGAAGGCGGUUUCAAAGUGCAGGGAAAUCCUGGAGGUAAGACCCUGGAGGAAAGACGUUCCAGCCUGGAUGCAGAGAUCGAUUCCCUGACCAGUAUUUUGGCUGAUCUUGAGUGCAGCUCCCCGUACAAGCCUCGGCCUCCACAGGGCUCUACUACUUCAACAGCCUCUCCUCCAGUUUCUACUCCAGUCACAGGACACAAGAGAAUGGUCAUUCCAAACCAGCCGCCUCUAACAGCAACCAAAAAGUCUACAUUAAAACCACAGCCUGCACCCCAGGCUGGACCCAUACCCGUGGCUCCAAUUGGAACCCUCAAACCCCAGCCUCAGCCAGUGCCAGCUUCUUAUACCACUGCAUCCACCUCUUCGAGGCCUACCUUCAACGUGCAAGUGAAGUCAGCCCAGCCCAGCCCUCACUAUAUCGCUGCCCCUUCAUCUGGACAAAUGUAUGGCCCGGGGCCCCAGGGCUAUAACACUCAGCCAGCUCCUGUGUCUGGGCAGUGUCCUCCUUUUUCAACCAGGGGAGGCCCAGAUUAUGCAUAUAUUCCACCACCAGGACUUCAGCCAGAGCCUGGGUAUGGGUAUGCUCCUAACCAAGGACGCCAUUAUGAAGCCUAUUAUGCAGCAGGACCUGGCUAUGGGGGCAGAAAUGAUGCUGAGCCUACCUAUGGUCAACAAGGUCAUCCAAAUACCUGGAAGCGGGAACCAGGGUACGCUCCUCCUGGAGCAGGGAACCAGAACCUUGCAGGAAUGUAUCCUGCCACUGGUCCCAAGAAGACCUAUAUCAUGGAUCCUGCUCCAGCCCCUUGUGCCCCACCGCUUCAGCCAAAGGGUGGACACCCCGGGUCAAUGGGGCCUACAUCUGUUCCCCCUUCAUUCCGCCCAGAAGAUGAGCUUGAGCACCUGACCAAAAAGAUGCUGUAUGACAUGGAAAAUCCUCCUGCUGAUGAAUACUUUGGCCGCUGUGCUCGCUGUGGAGAAAAUGUAGUUGGGGAAGGUACAGGAUGCACUGCCAUGGAUCAGGUCUUCCACGUGGACUGUUUUACCUGCAUCAUCUGCAACAACAAGCUCAGGGGGCAGCCCUUCUAUGCCGUGGAAAAGAAAGCCUACUGUGAGCCCUGCUACAUUAAUACUCUGGAGCAGUGCAACGUGUGCGCCAAGCCCAUCAUGGAGCGGAUCCUCCGAGCCACCGGGAAGGCUUAUCACCCGCAUUGCUUCACCUGUGUGAUGUGCCACCGCAGCCUGGAUGGGAUUCCGUUCACCGUGGACGCCGGCGGGCUCAUCCACUGCAUCGAGGACUUCCACAAGAAAUUUGCCCCCCGAUGUUCUGUGUGCAAGGAGCCCAUCAUGCCGGCCCCAGGUCAAGAGGAGACCGUCCGUAUUGUGGCCCUGGAUCGUGAUUUCCAUGUUCACUGCUACCGCUGUGAGGACUGUGGAGGGCUCCUUUCUGAAGGCGAUAACCAAGGCUGCUACCCCCUGGAUGGACACAUUCUUUGCAAGACCUGCAAUUCCGCCCGCAUCAGGGUGUUGACGGCCAAGGCGAGCACUGACCUUUAGAUUUAGUCGCCUGUGUAGCUAGUUAGCGGAUGGUGCUGAGAAGAAUGAAACACGAGAAAAAGCUAAGAAAAGAAUUAGGAAAAUAGAGGAAAGACAAUCAAACUGUGGGAUGGUCUCUGUUCUUCAUCUGCUAUUCGCCUUUCAUUAGAAACACAUAAAUUAUGGGAUGUUUUUUAAGUUCUCACCAAAUACACAUUUCACAUUUAAUCAUGUAGGACCUUGAUGGGCCUUUGUUCCCAAGGACUUCCACAUUUUUGCACAGAUUAUGCUCCAUCCCAUUCACUUCUGCAUUCCUGUAACUUUUAAUCCCUAUGUUUGUCUCACUUUUCAUCUGGUUGAAUGGCUUUUUUUAGUGUGGUAUUUGCUGUCACACAGUUUUUCCUGGGUGAGUCUGCCAGCUCCCAGGUGCUUUCAGGCUUGAUGUCUCCAUCCUAUCAUUUCCACGUUGCCUGUGAUUAUAAAGGGUAGCCAUUCUUUUGCUAUGUACUGAAAGGUGUAUUUUUCUAUUGCUCUAUGCCACUCAUGUCCCUGGUGGGAAAAAUGCACAUUUUUUUUGGUUAGACCAUAAAAAAUUUAAGUUGUAAAUUACGUAAAGUUAGAACAAGUCAAAUUUGACAUGUAAUCAUCCAAAUUCAGUCUGUAGUAACCGUGCGUCAGGGAUCAUUUGAAAACAGUUGGCUCCUGGCUAAUAGGUAUCAUGUGAAAAAGCACUGAGCUUCAAUCUUUUCCUAAAGAAAUUACAGGUGGGAUCUGCUGAAAAAAGCAUUUUGGGGCUAUGUUUAAAAAGCCCGUUAUUAUCCCAGCCUAUUACCUUAAGAUUUUCCUUUUCCACAAUACCUUGGCAUAAUAAUACAGACAAACUUGAUUUCGUCUAGAAUACAAUAUAACAUUUCUAAUACGGUCCCACUUUUCAUCUUAGAAAUCAUUGUCAUGUUUUUUUCUAAUAGCCAAUACAACUAUCAAAAUUAACUUUUUUCUCUAGAGGAUGAUAGCUGUUCAAAAACAGUUCAAAUUUUAUUCUUUUCUUUUUCUCAGGCCCAAGUCCUUUUUGCCUGCCAACUGCAAAUCAGGACAAAUACAAGAAAAUAGUGCAGUUUUGUUUAGUUUACUUUUAAAAGGGAGGAAAGCUUAAAAAGAUUGUGAAACCACAGUUUCAUUAUUCUCAUAAUCCUUCUGCAACUCCAAUUACAUACUGCAGGAGAUAUUUUCAUAUCAUCCUGGUGACAUUUACACCACACUUUCAAAGACAAUCACUGAAAAAAAAAUGUCUUUCUGAGCUAAAAAUAUGCAGAGUCUCUGCCUGGAAUCUUUAUUCAAAUUCUUUAUUAGCCAGUGAAACACUUGCUUGCCAACUGUAAACCAUACUUAUUAAGUUCUAACACGUUCCAUUUAAAAAGAGACACCUAGCUUAGCAAUGGCAAGUUGCCAUUUCGUAAACUAAUUAAGUGUUUUGGAUCGAGAUUUCUCAAACCUUUCUUCAAAUCUUCCACAAGUAUAUACUUUUAAAUUAUGGAGGACUUUAAAUAGGCAAAAAAAGUAUAAAUAAUAAUAUAAUGAACCCCUGUGUACUUAAUACUCACUUUCAGAAAUCAGAUAUAACAAAUAUCCUUUCUUCAUCUUAUGUUCCUUGUUCUUUUCCACAAAUAUCUUUUUCAUGAUUACAAAGUAAGAAUUUCCUAGUCUGAUUUUUUUUUUAAUUUUUAAAUUUAACCUCCAGAAAAGAAAUGAAAAAUUAUUGGUACAUGUUUUAAAUUGCAACCCACACCUCAGGAAUUCCAAUUAAAUUUAUUUUACUUGAAUAGAAAUAAUCAUAAAAGUGAUGUUUUUAAUAAGAAAUUCUUGAAGCCUGUGAUCACCAUCACUCAUCUAAGUGAAUCUGUAAAUCAUGCUUUUGUCACUAAACAGUUAAAUGUUAGAAACACCAAAGUUAUAGGUUAUAAGAGCCUCCUUUCACCACUGUUUUUUGUGGGGGUUUUUUACCUUGCUUUUCUGAUCCUUUAUCUUAUAUUUUUCAUAAUGUAUAACAUAAUAAGAUUCACUUAGGGUCAGCAUGUGAGUUGUAGGAUACAAUAACAACUGUGUCUUUGAGUUCCUGUCUUCCAAAUUCAAGGCCAGAUCGCACUGAUGACCACAAGGAACACUGAGCCUUACACAAUCGAGGCGAUAAUGUAAUCUGCUUGAAUUGAUUCAGCAACUUGUUUUCUAUGAACUACUUAGGAAAUAUUCUCUUUAGGCCAAAGCAAAGACUCCAGCAUUUCGAGGGAUAGAUUUUGUCUUGGAAAGUGAGCAUAUUAUUAGAAAUUUUGCAAAAAGAAGAAUUUAUGAAAUAUUUAUACUAUAAAAUGCAAUAGUAUUCUACUUGCUCGUUACACGUAAUUCCUCAUGUAACUGAAUGUUUACAUGCCAAAAGAAAAAGUUAUAAGGAAAUGCUGUCACGAAUCCAUCACUGUGGCAUGGCCAGCAGAAUGCUGCUUGCUUACAAUCUUUAUAGUGCAUUCUUAUCACAUAACCUCAGAGUAUCUUUACCAAAGAUAUUUAAAGUAAAUCUCUUUUUAAUAUAGACUUAAACAUUUAUAAUAAUGAAUGUGCAUACAUACAUAUGCAGAAAUAUUUAGAUUUAGAUUUUUUUUCUUUGAUACGGUAUAUUAAGGAAAGGAUCCUACCAUAUUUUAUUCUAGGAUAUCUUGACUGUAUGAUUUAUAUGCUUUUUGUCCUUUCUAUUAAUCAUUUGAUUUAAACAAUGCCAAGUCACUCUUUACUGCUUUAGUGCUAUGAAAUUUUGCCUAUAACAGAGAUAUAAAGAGAAUUGUUACCUUAAUGAUUAUAAUCAUACUGUCUUUUGAUAUAUUGUUAUUAUUAUCAUUUAAGUACAUGAAUAAUAAAAAAUCAUAGAGUCUAUAACAAAGUUUGUAAAAACAUACUGUUUUUAAAUAAUUGUCUAGAAUCUAAAUAUUUGGUAAUUCUGUAUAACUAGACAUGGAAAAGGAAAAAAAACCCACUAGGUCAUGGGCUCUGCAGACUAUUUCAAAAUACUAUUUCUUAAUUGUUUGGAUCCCAGAUCAUGCUGAUUCAACAUGGAGCCUCUUUGGCAAGCAAAAUUGCCUUUAAAGCUCAAAACUAAGUCACAUGUCCCAGCAUAAGACAUAGUUUGUGAGAUGCUGACUUCUCUGCAGCUCAAAGCUAUGGGUUCUUUUUCUUGUCACUGUUGUUUCUGUAGGCAUAAUUUCUCUGAUCAAAAUUACUUUUUUGGAUAUAUGCUGAUUCAUGAGGUAGACUUACCGACACCACAACUGUUUUCUGUGAAAGAUUCUGCACAGAUGUUUAUGGUGAGGUGUACAAGGAUAUACAACUCUAACUCCAGAUGAACAAAUGUUCUGUAUUUGGGCCCAAGGGAAUAACGAGAGGGCUUUUUCCAUUGGGCUUUAGUAGAGAAUGAAUGGAAUACAGAAGGACUCCAAAAACACAACUUGCAAACAUUUUCCUAGUUAGUACAAAUCCUAUUAACGUGAACCAGCCAGGAAUAACAGUGUUAUUUCUAUUUGAUAUGGUUUGGGCUUCUCCUGUCAAAUCUUUGUCAGCUGUCCCCUGAUCCCUCUAUUAUCAUGUUUUGAAGGGUGUUGGGGAAAUUAUGGCAGCUGCUAGGGAGAUCAGGGAAACACUGAUGUAACCUCACAGCCUCUCACCAUUCCUCUUGGCUUGGAAAGGCUUUAUUUUUUCAUAUGCAUUUCUAGAAAUAUUGCUAUUCUACCUUAGAAUUUCACAUUUGUAGUUUAAACAAGCGAUUGUCCAUCUGUUGCCUGGAGCUAUAGUACAUGUGUGUUAUGAAUGAAAUAUGACAGCAUGUUCCAUACCCCUGCUUUAGCCAUCUGUGGGAAACCAGCAAACUGAAAAAGAUAUACCUCUGCAGAAUGUGCCUCCACUCCAUUUCCUGAGAUCGCUCUUCACAUGCUCACUCAGGGCAGACAGUGGAGAGCGGCCAGUAUUUGUGCCUUACUUUCAAAUAAUCUAUUUAUGCUACAUGACUAUUGUACUGAAGAGUCAAUAACAUAAGUAAUAACCCCCAAUCUCAAAGAUGUUCUCAUCAAGAAGU